AUGGCCAGAUUCACUCAGACUGAAACAAGAAGGCAGCACCAUCCACAGCAGCCCCAGCCCGCUCACUCCAGCCUGGUUUUCACCGGACCGGGGGCACCACCGACCCAACCACCACUACUACUGAUCCCACAUCAGCACCAGUACCCUCAGAUCACAUUCCCGAAACCCAUGAACGGGUCAGAACCCAUUUCAAUUCAUCCGGAGAGCGGCAACAUGAAAGACCAAGAUGCCAUUAAGCUGUUUAUCGGGCAGAUACCGCGGAACUUGGAGGAAAAAGACCUGAAACCUCUGUUUGAACAGUUUGGGAAAAUCCACGAACUGACAGUUCUCAAGGACCGAUACACCGGCAUGCACAAAGGUUGUGCAUUUCUCACCUACUGCGCCCGAGAAUCGGCCAUCAAAGCUCAAAACGCCCUCCAUGAACAGAAAACACUGCCAGGGAUGACACGCCCCAUCCAGGUGAAACCGGCCGACAGUGAGAGCCGUGGAGAAGACAGGAAGUUGUUUGUGGGGAUGCUGAACAAACAACAGACCGAGGAGGACGUUUACCGCCUCUUCGAACCCUAUGGAGUCAUCGAGGAGUGCACGGUCUUAAGAGGUCCUGACGGAAACAGCAAAGGUUGUGCCUUUGUCAAGUUCUCCACACAUACUGAGGCUCAGUCUGCAAUCAGCGCCCUCCACGGUAGCCAGACCAUGCCAGGUGCGUCCUCCAGCUUGGUGGUCAAGUUUGCCGACACAGAUAAGGAGCGCACCAUCAGACGUAUGCAGCAGAUGGUUGGGCAGUUUGGCAUCUUUAACCCCGCUAUCGCCCUCCCGUUCAGCACCUACAGCUCUUACGCACAUGCGCAGCAGGCAGCCAUCAUGGCAGCAAGCCACGGAGGUUACCUCACGCCCAGCGUGGCCUUCCCCGCCACACAGAUCCACCAGAUGGGGGCACUCAACAUCAACAGUCUCCCACCCACCCCCAUGACCCCGGUGUCGGGUGAGUUUCAUCAAACCCUGGCAGGCCUCAGUUCUCCACCAGCCAACAUCACCACCUCCGCCGUCCCCAGCAUCGUCACGCCCAUCGUCAACGGAUUCACCGGCAUCCCUCAUCAGCCGAACGGACACCCCGCUGUGGAGACAGUCUACACCAACGGCCUGCCUCCCUACUCCACCCAGAGCCCCACGGCUGCUGACACCCUCCAGCAAGCCUUCACUGGAGUACAGCAAUACACAGCGAUCUAUCCAGCCACCACGCUGACUCCCAUUGGCCAGACACUGCCCCAACCACCCCAGGUCAUCCAGCAGCAGCAGCAGAGAGAAGGUGAGGGUCCAGAGGGUUGUAACCUGUUCAUCUACCACCUGCCACAGGAGUUCGGAGACAACGAGCUCAUGCAGAUGUUCCUGCCCUUUGGCACCGUCAUCUCCUCUAAAGUCUUCAUGGACCGAGCAACCAACCAGAGCAAGUGCUUCGGCUUUGUGAGCUUCGACAACCCUGCUAGUGCACAGGCAGCUAUUCAAGCCAUGAAUGGCUUUCAGAUUGGAAUGAAGAGGUUGAAAGUCCAGCUAAAGAGACCGAAGGAUGCCAGCCGCCCUUACUGACACAGCCUACCUUCAGUAUUCAUUUCAGCAGCACAGAUUUUAGAGGACACGUGAAGAUAUCUCGGAGGAGUUAAACUUUUUUUCUUUGAAAGCAAAAUAUGUUUUAAAAAAAUCAACACAUAAGGAAUUUUUGAAGACAUAUCAGCAUUUACUUAUGAAGAUAUAGGUUACGGCAGAAAAAAAGAAGACGCAAAGGAGGAAGAUGAAGAGGAGGAGGAGGAGGCGCUUCACCGGGGGACUUAACAGUAACAGAUGGCACAGUGCAAGAAAGACGAGAAGAAAAAAAAACUGAAAAAAGAUGUGAUGAGACUGAACAACAGAACUUUUUUUCUUGUUGAGACUUGAAUUGUUAAUUAAGCAACAAACUAACAAACAAAAAAGCAGCAACAACAAACAAAUAGAUUUCUAUAUACAUAUUAUAUACACAUAUAUAUAAGGAAAGAGGCGCUUGUGGCUUUUACUGUACUGGACAAAUGAGGGUUAAAACUUGAAGAUCAAGAAAAACAGUGGAAAAAAGAAGCUAUUCUCUACAUCCACUGACAGACUUUCUUUCUCUUUCCCUCUUUCUCUUAUUCUCUCACCGUCUCUCUCAGCAAGCGCAGAGCUAUGACUCGUGGAGGUCACUGAGGUUUCCAUUAGCAACAGUAGAACUGCAAAUCUCUCACCCCUAAGGGACCAAAGGACCAAACAUUUUUAUUGUUCUCAACAGUAAUAUAUAGUAUUAAUGAUACUAAUACUACAAACUACUACUAAUAAUAUUACAAGUUAAACUUAAGAAGAAAUACUAGCUUCAGGUUUGAAAAAAAGAGGAAAGGGGUUCUUGUUUAUUUUUCCUUUUACAUUUAUAGCUACUGGGUUUGAGGGUAUUAAAACAAAACAGAAAAAAAUGUAUAAAAAAAUAAAGCUAUACUAAUUUAGUGGCGUAGAAUAUGUGGGAUAGGCAUUGAAUUGGGCAUGUUCAGAUGUGUUAUUUUUGCUUUAGUAUUUCAUCUCGGAGGUGUGGUCCGUGGCUUUUAUUGUGUUCGAAGAAAAAACAGUCCUGUGGUGCCAAAAGUGACACAAUAAGAGCCUUUUUCAACAAUUUACUCAUCUGCCGUGUUUAGCUGCAUGCUCAGCUCUCUGGUACACCUGGAAUAUCAUCAUUGAAGCAAAAUCAUCUCAAUGCUCAUAUUAAAACCUCCUACGUCCCAGCAUCCUCAUAUGAGGACAUUACAUUUUGGGUUCACUGCACCAUUACUCUUGAUUUUGCCGAACUUUGGUCACAGAGCAAAUUACUAUUAUCAGUGUCCAUUCAAGACGGGCGCCAUUCUCACCAAAAUGCUCUAUGAUACCAAACUAUUCAAGGUACAAAAACUCUUUAAAUUUUAUGAUUUAAACUUCUUUAGCUGUGUUUGGUCAUGUCUGUAGUUUGAAAUGGUUUGCAAAUUUGAUACAUUUUAUUAUAAGUAACAAGCUAGAACACCAAGCAAGUACUGUAUUCAUAUGAGGACAUUGGGACUUUUACUGGCUUUAAAAUAAGGAAAGACAGCUCGGGCAGAAUUUGGAAAUAUACCAAUAGUUUACAAGUAAAGUGAGUGUAAAUGCUUAUUGCAUUUGGUACAAAUUAGACUUCUUUAUUUUUUAUCAACAGGGGUAUCUACCAAGAGCAGAAAGAUUACUGAGUGCAAGGAGAAGGAGAAAAACUCUGAGGUAUCUCAUUCAGGAGAUACUUUAUGUUGGGUUGUUGGCCAUUUUAUUUUUACAAAGCCAUGUUUAAAAAAAUGUUCCUGUAGGCAAAAGGCCAUUAAAGACAUAUAAUGUGUUAUUUACUUUAUAUUUUGUGACACAGCCUUGUUUAGAUAUUUGAAUAAGGUUGUAUGUGGGUCGUUCUACCAAAAUGGUGCAAUCUGUGGUCAAAAAACAAAAGAAAAGUGUGAAAUUGGUUUAAUUUAGCGUAUUUGGCCAUAUAAAGUAAUUAUCUAAUGAGACACAAAAAUAUAAUUCAGAAAAUUAAUCUGAAAUUAGGGUGCAACAAGCUGUAUGCUAUAUAGGAGGAGGCUGGAGUGGAAGAGGCUUAGCUUUGUCAGCAGCAGCAGCAUGAGACAUCAGCAUUUAUGCAAGCAGGG